AUGCAUAAUGUGCGACUGGUGUUGCUUUUGUUCGCGAUUGUGUUCGGCAGCGGCGACGCCGGUGCAUUGAAUGCCCGUGUCUUUGCCUCGGUGAGAAGCUCUUACACAGGCAACGACGCUGCUCGAGUCCCGCACAUUCGGAGUAACCAUAUCGCAUUCGCGAUUCCUGGCUUAUCUCAAAGGUUAAACUCCAGCGCGAGUUGUGGAGUCUGCUGUACAACAUCGUUGCAAGAUGUUACGUGCCCAGAAGGCGUCGGUCAGACCGACGAAUCUCGGAGAGUCGGCAAUCGCAUCACUAUUCGCCGACAUUGUCUCCACGCGGCACAUAGCUCACACCAAGAUAAAACAACCAAUGAAGCAAGGAAGAGAAAAUCGCGAUCAAUAAAACGGUCUGGAAGAAAACGGACUUUAGUAGAGGUCAGUAAAGAAGAGAACGUCCCUAGCGAGGGUCGCAUUGGAGCUAAAAAUGUGAAGUCUGUGGAUAUUAAAGGUAAUGAUGACAUAAAAGAUGUCGUUUCACGUGUCAAAAAGAACUUAAAAGUCGCUAAAGGGAAGGAUGCAGUCGGUGUGGCGUCUGCCAGCCGUGGUGAUACAACCAGCAGUAAAAAAAAUACGAGAGAUAGGCUUAGCACGGACAAGUUGACUACAUCGCAAAUUCACCUGAUCGAUUUUAACACGACGGGUGAGACGGAUGCUGUAGAAUCAGAGUGGUCUUAUGACAGAGAAGUUGAACCUAUUGAUGUUGCUCCUGAAGUUCCUGAGUUGUCCCCAAUUACGCAAGAUGACUCAAAGUCAGAAGAAGGCGGUGCUUCGGCGAUAUCUAAUCGCCGUUUGCAUGUGCUGCACGCAUUAUUCUCCGAUGAACAUAGGAUCAAUGCACGUGACAUUGUAUCGGUGCUCUACCACCAGCUAGGCUCUCCAAAUGUCGAUCUGAUUAAUUUAUACCGUAACAUUGAAAGCGAAGGGGGGAACUCUUACAAUGAACAUCUUAAAAGUUCGAAUGCGAACGAAGAUACCGAUGCUGAAGGUUCGGAGCAACAUGCUUAUAGUGGUAGAGGCGAUAGCAGUGCUGUGAGCCAAAACUACGACUCAAAUAAUGUAACUCCACUGGAUAUUAGCCCUGAUAGCGGCUAUAUAAAGCCACUUUUGGAAUCUGAGUCGGUUGUCCGUGUUACUGUCGAGCAGAACCAUGGCGAAGAGGCAACGGAUGACGGAAGGGAACAUAAAAAUCGCAACACCCUUCACGCCACAACCGUCUCACUUACGCCAUCUGAACUGCGUACACUGAAACAUAUAAAUGCGUCAGCGAAUCACGAAAAACUGAAUUUGCUACGAUCAAUGGGACGCCACAAACGCAUCUCGGCGAUUUUCUUACCUGUCGGUGGCAAUACUCAUGAUUCGCAGCAUGACAAUGCUGGAGAUCAUCAAAAUCAGGGAGAUACAAGUGGAAUUAACAUUGGAUUUGGCUCAUCGAACAAGCCUUUCAAUGGAAUGCAUUCCGAGCUGAACAACGAGAAACCGCCUAAAGAAGAGGCUGACCGCGCUGUUGCCAACAGGAAAUCUACGAAAACAUUGGAUACAGGCGUCGAUAGCAAUUUCAAAACGGAAUUGGAUGACACACUUUAUGUGGAUGCAUAUGAUAGUUUGGGUAAUAAAUCAUUGGGGUAUACAGUCAACGAUACAGAAGAGUCAUACAUGCCGAUUGUGAAUACGGCAUUUGGAUCCAUGGAUACACCUGCAUCAGCCGAAGUGUCCAGCAACUUUCAAAACGUAUCUGGAAAAGAGUAUACGUUUUAUCGUAGUACGGAUGAUUUGUCAGCAAACCUGACGUCCGAUUACCACCACAGUUUUGAUUCCUUGCUUCUAUCGGUUCCCACGAAAACGAGAAAGCUGCAUAAGAAAACGGGAGGAGAUCAAAUAGAAACGGACAAAGGCGGUGUUGCUGAGGGACAAAAUGCAAUCUUGGAACAUGAAACCAUACCAGACAUCACAUCGACUGGCGACGAUUCAGUAUUGAGCAUCCCCGGAAACUCAUGUAAGAACACUGAACAAACAAAGGAACAAGAUGCGAGCGGCUUUAGUAUACCUGUAAACAUGUUUACACUCCGACGCGGGUUUUUGGCCUCGCUGUAUAAGACUUACCUACGGCCCAGCCUCAUCUCCACACUAGAGAGCGUGUUCAAGACGAAAAUCGAAGAGCCGUGUGGUGCCAUGGACUUCAUCACGUUGGGUGUAGAUGCCGAGAAACUUAUAGGCAAAGCGCGUCGAUUUGUUAACGACUUUGCUUGGCAGACCUCCGACGAUAGGGGAGAUGGCUUUCUCCCUGGGUCACGAUGA